AACCCUCCCGUUCAAAUACAAGCUCCACCACACUACUGCUUUCAGUACAGCUGCCACACUCCAACGGAGGACCAGGGCUUAAGAAAACAAAUACUUUCGCACAUUUACUACAUCAUGGACGGGCCUCAGUGAACACAAAUGAGGUUUUAAUGCCAUACAGUGGAUUUUCUCGACCGACUGACGUUUUGUGUAAAGUGUAAGGAAACUGGACACACAAAUGUGGAAAAUGUUUUGGGUUAACGCGUCCGGUAGGCUAGCACAUCCGCACUGAGAUGACUAAGAUGGAAUUCAGGCAAACCCAGUCGUGGAAAAUCAUCGAGAGCGGUACAUCUGGAUUGAAUAACUGGACUUGACAAGAAAGGGGUUGAGAGCUUGUGCCGCUUAGCAGAAUGUUCUUGAAAUGCAGAAGGGUGAGAAAAUGGCAUUUUCUACAGCUUGUCUCCAUGUGCUGUGUCAUGUCAGUCCUUAUGGUUUGCUGGGACCACGUGGACCAAAGCGUGGUGAACCAUGUGAAGUCCUACUCGUACCGUUACCUAAUCAACAGCUACGAUUUCAUCAACAAAAGCCUCAGCGUCAGCCCAAAGGAAGCAGCCAGGUUUGGUAGCUUCCCCUAUUUGAUAAACAACGAGGAGGUUUGUAAAGACAAAGACGUGCUGCUUCUCCUCUUCGUGAAGUCCUCUCCACGAAACUUCAGACGACGACAGGACAUUCGCUCCACUUGGGGAAACGAGUCCUACAUAAGUCACGAGCUGGGUGUUAUUGUAAAAUUAGUGUUUGCUAUGGGAGUUCACCCUGUGGUGCAGGACAAAUUGCAGAAGGAAUUACACAAGGAGCACAAGAUACACGGUGACCUGGUUCAGCAGGACUUCCUUGACACAUUCCACAACCUCACUGUGAAACUGCUGCUUCAGUUCCGCUGGACGCACGAAAACUGUGCGCAUGCCCGCUUCUUCAUGACUGCGGACGACGACGUCUUCAUCCAUUUGCCCAACCUUGUGCGCUACCUUCAGGACCUCAGAAGACAGAACGUGCGCAACCUCUGGGUCGGCCACGUUCACAAGGGGGCACCUCCCAUUCGCAGCAGGGACAGUAAGUACUACAUGCCCUUCGACAUGUACCAGUGGACUUCCUACCCAGAUUACACCGCCGGGGCAGGGUACGUGGUCUCUGGCGACGUGGCAGCCAAAAUCUAUCAGGCCACGCUGUCUCUGAACGCCUCUUUGUAUAUCGAUGACGUCUUCAUGGGUAUCUGUGCCAUUGCAGCGGGCGUCUCGCCUCAGGAACACGUUUAUUUCUCGGGUGAGGGGAAAACACCCUAUCACCCGUGCAUCUAUGAAAAAAUGAUCACCUCUCAUGGACACGAGGACGAUAUUAGGUAUCUGUGGAAGGUUGCGACCUCCCCGCAGGUAAAAAGUAUUUCGUCUGGACUGAUUGGGAAACUCUAUUGUGCGGCUGUGAAAAUGACGCUGCUUUGUAAGCCGUACUUUACGAACACGUAUUCAUGCAUGGGAGCUUUCACAUGAUGCACUAUGAAGUAUGAACAGUAUUUAAUUUUCUCCCUCUCUCUUGUUUACUUUUGCUUUACAUGUUAAAUAUUUUGUCAGUUCAAUAAAGUUUAAAGCUGUGCGCCCUAAGCAUUUGUUUUGCACUUUUUUAAUUUUAUUUAAAAGUAUUUAAUUUUCAUGGACAGUGUAGGACAAGAGAGCAGGAAUAGAAUUGGAAGAUAAAUUUAAAUAAGUUAUCUAAAAUGACUUGAGUCUCACAAAACACGUCAAGGUCAUAUUUCCCUCCAAAAAAAUUCUAAGAAAUUGAGUAAAUUUAAAAUACACAUGGAUAAAGUGAUUCUGAAAAUAUUAAGACUUUUCCACUAAAUUCUUUCUACCAAAAUCUACGGUUUCUAAUCUCCGUAUUGCAAGAAAAAUAAUGGUAUAUUAUUUAAAUGAUCAUAGUAAUUUUACUGUAUUGUGUGAUAGCAGUAAGAAUUAUCAUGAACUGAGAAUGAGAAUUAAAACACUAAAAAAGGAGAAAAUUUGAAAAUAAAAAAAUAAAUUUUAUUAAUACUUAAUACUAGUAAAAUGUAAUUUAUUUAUUUCAUUUGUUUUAUCAUCAUGAACAUACUGCCAAUUUGGCAAAAAAAUUAUUAAAAAAAAUUUGUGUGUGUGUGUGUGUGUGGGAUGAAAUGGGCUUUGACAUUUAAGCAUAUUCAUAGUUCCCAUUCCUAUGAAUUAAGACUGUUUUUAGCUACUAGGAAAGUAUUUGUUUCACUGUGUCUUAACUUCCUUUCAAGUUGCAAAUGCAUUUGCUUCUGCUUAAAGCUUUCAAACGUUUUAAUGAACUGAUGGUGCUAUUUGUGAAUGAGGAUUUUAACAAGUUACAUUUUGCUACAAUAAAAUAAAAGCCUUUUGAGAUG